AAUUUAUUGGAGCAUAUGGCAGUGCUAUAUUAAAGGUUUUAUAUUCGUAUGAAGAUACAUCUGAUGAAUUAAAAAUUGAAGGCCAAUACCGACAAUAUUCGGCACUCAUUAGUACUGUCUUAACAUUUAUUCUUUAUUUCCUUAUAAAUGCUGCUUUUAUAACAAUAAUCGAUCCGAAAACUGUAGCUAAUCCAAACCUUGCUAAUGAAAGUAUUGCUAUUGAUUUUGGAAUAAAAUUAUAUGGUGAAAAUGGAAGAAAACUUAUUUCAUCUCUUAUCGUAAUUUCUUCUAUCGGAUCUUUGGAAUCAAUGGUCUUGUUGAGUCAAAUAAGUUUUAAUGAAUUUAAAAAUAUACCUAAAAUACAUAAUAUUUUAUUUUCUGAAGAUACAAGAAAUAUAAAACCAUAUCCUGAAGAAUCCAAAAAAGUUAAAGACGUUGAAAAUGUUAAAACAUCUGAAAAGCCUGAAAAGCAUGAAGAAAUAAUACCAGAUAAAAGCAUAGAGACGAAGGAAGAUUAUAUUCCCGCUGCAGUCUACUUCUUUGUUUUCGGAGUUUUCAUUUUAUGCACAAUCUUUAUUGCCUUUACUUCAUUAUUCCCUGUUCCAAAUAGUGAAUAUGUUAUCAUGAAAUAUCCUUAUUUUUUACCACAUCUUAUAUCAUUAAUAACUAUUUUCGUAGCUGGGAUUCUUAAAUAUUAUGAAAUCAUUUGA